AUGGUUGUGUAUAUGAUGAAGAUUCCAAAUACUUACUCAUCAACUAGAUUAAUAUUAUUACGUUUCAUAUUCUUGUUAGUUUUAUCAUAUAGAACAAACUCGUUGGUGAAACUUGCACCAAAUGUUACAGUUCCUGCAUUCAUAGCUUUUGGAGAUUCGAUAAUGGAUACUGGAAAUAACAACUAUAUCAAAACAAUGGUGAAGUGCAAUUUCUCUCCUUAUGGCAUAGAUUUUGAAGGAGGGAUUCCAACAGGUCGAUUUUGCAAUGGAAAAAAUCCCUCUGACUUGAUAGUUGAAUAUUUUGGUAUUAAGGAGGUUUUACCAGCUUAUUUGGAUCCAAAUCUGAAACCAAGUGACCUUCCUACUGGUGUAUGCUUUGCUUCUGGUGCUUCUGGUUAUGAUCCUUUAACAUCUAAAAUUGUGUCGGUGAUUUCAAUGUCUGAUCAACUAGAAUUGUUCAAAGAAUAUAUAGUGAAACUCAAAAGCGUGGUUGGAGAAAAAAGAAAAAACUUCAUCAUAGCAAAAGCACUUUUCCUUGUUGUAGCUGGAAGUGAUGACCUUGCCAACACUUAUUUUACUAUUCGCACCCCACAACUACACUAUGACGUUCCUGCUUAUACUGACCUUAUGGUCAACGAAGCCUCAAAGUUCGUUAAGGAAAUAUAUCAACUUGGAGCUAGGAGAAUUGGAGUGUUCAGUGCAGCACCUAUUGGAUACUUACCAUCACAGAGGACUUUAAGUGGGGGUGUAUUUAGAAAUAUCAAUGAGGAAUACAAUGAAGCAGCCAAGUUAUUUAACUCCAAACUCUCAAAGCAAAUGGAUUAUCUUCAUUCUAAUUUGCCUAAUAGUAGGGUUGUUUAUGUUGAUAUUUACACCCCCUUACUUGAUAUCAUUGUAAAGCCUCAAAAAUAUGGGUAUAAAGUUGCAGAUAAGGGUUGUUGUGGAACAGGAAAUCUAGAAGUUUCAAUAUUAUGUAACCCUUUGACUCCCACAUGUGAUGAUAAUAAAGAAUAUGUAUUUUGGGAUAGUUAUCAUCCUACAGAAAGUGUAUACAGAACACUUGUGGCUGAAGUUCUUCCAAAAUAUAGGGAUCGUUUGACAAGAUGA